ACAAUAAAAGGUUAAACAAAAAAUUAAACUAUAAAGCCAAUAAAGUGCAAAAGAUCGUGCACAGUGUUAAUAAAGUGCGAAGUUCUUCAUGUCUUUUGCUGACACUCUUCCAAACCGACAUUAGAGGAAAUCUCUCUCCAAGAAUUCGCCGCCAUCUGACAGUCUUUAUAGUCCGCCGAAGAGGAGUCAUACAGAUGCGUGUAUUUCCGAACCUCUUCAAUCAGACGCUCAGUACUUGGUCGAUGCUCACCAUGUUGUUCUUUUGUGGACUCUGAACUUGCCGGAAGAAGACGCCAGAAAUGCGUAGAAGGAAGUACGAUGCUGCCAAACCGACCAAUCACAGCGCUUGCGGUCCGCGUAGGGUCCGCGUUGAGUUGGCGCGUUGUUACAUUUUUGGAGAGGUGCGCGUCAGGCUACACCGUAGGGUACGCACAGGGUACGCGGCUCUGCGUAGGCUACGCCAAAUUGGCCUUAAUACGUGUUAACGUGUUGGUUUCAUACGUUUUGGCCCUUCUGGCCUUCCAUAGUAGUACAGUCUGCAUAUGAUCAGUCUAUGGCCCUGUCACAAAUAGCGCACUUCAUGUGGACUUGAGGUCUCGUGGACUUAAAUUGCGCGUUCCCGCCAAGUCUACGAGUCCGUAGGGUCUGCUCGCGAGCGCCUCCUUUGUGCCCUCGAUGCGGUCUGAUGCAGACUCUACUGAAGUCCCCUACCCAGGAAUCCUUGCGAGCGCCCAAUCACAGAACGGAUGGGAGGAGUGUCAUAAGGUAAUAAGCCAUGUUUUGUUGUAGAUUUAUAUCUAGUUGUCUCUGGGCUCUGUAAAGCUGAACAACACAGCUUCUGUAUUAUAGAGAAAUAUUAAAUAACAACAUAUAUGCAUAUUAAGAACACAUUAUGCACAUUAAGUAUAGUGUAAACAAAUUAAUAAAUAUACAUCCAUGACGUCAUGACAAAUGAAUGCAUUACAAACAUAAGUAUCUAUUGCAUAAUGCUCGGGUGGCAUAUAAACAUAUGAAAUACAAACAUAUGAAAUACAGAACAAUAAAAACCGGCAGCUCCAGUCCCAAAUAACAACAAUGGGACAACAAGUGGACGACUUCACGCGGCGCUGCGCAGACUGAUCAGCGAAUGACAACAAAGUACCGCGAGAGUGAUUAGAAAGCACCGCUUGCUUUUUCCGGUGUGAUGACCUCAAGUCUGUCCCAAAAUGCACUCCCAUGUACCCUUGUGGACUCGUGCCUAGUGCCCUAUAGGUCUGCACUUCCUGACGUCAUCAAGUGUGGACUCGGAGGAGGUCCACAAGACCGGAGUGCGCCAUAAGGGACAAGGCCUUUGAAGACAAGCGAGCGUCGUCAUGCGCGUGCACGUGUGGGGAAUUGGAAUUCCGGUCAGCUGACGAUGCGUCAUCAGUGUUCGCAAACAGCGUUCAUGCCUGCCCCGUUCACUGACACCGUUUACCGCCGCUGUCAUGGCAGACAACGAUGAAAACGAAAUAAUCGAGCAUCAUGAUGACGAGGAAAUGGAGAAAAGAGGGACGCCGAGAAAUCACUCGCAUUCAUUUCUGGAGAGCGUUACGUCGUCAGAGAAAGACGGUCACAACAGCACGCAAUCAUCACACCGCCUGCUCGCGUACAGUGAUGCGCUCAUAGCCAUCAUCGCUACUGUAAUGAUUUUACCUGUUGCACAUACAAAAUUUCAGGAUAAUGAGGAACUGAAAGAGAGUAUUCAGUCUUUGCUCACUACUAAGGUUUCUGUCUACUUGAUGACCUUCUUGAUUGUAACUGUUGCUUGGGCUGCACAUAUCAGGUUGUUUCAGGUCAUUGAGCGCAUUGAUGACACUCUUGCACUUCUUAACCUGGCUUGUAUGAUGCUCAUAACCUUCCUGCCAUACACAUUCUCCCUUAUGGCGGCAUUUCCUGGCAGUGUUCUGGGCCUUACUUUCUUUUGUGCUUGUGUCAUUGUGAUUGGCUUAAUUCAGGCGUUGAUUGUCUUGUAUGGAUUUAGCCACCCCUUCCUUCUGAAUGACCACAUCCAGAUGUCAGAGAAUCCAGCAUAUUACAAGCACCACAUUCUCAAAGUCAUCAUGAAGGUUCCCAUCAUGUGCCUCUUUGCCAUUGUCUUUUCAUUCAUCUUUUUCCAACUGUCAUAUGUCCUUUUGGCUAUUGUUAUAUUCCUGCCCUACAUAUCUCAGUGUUUCAAGUGGAUCUGGAAUAAAGCCGUUGGUGGUCAGGUAGAAGAUACAGAUCAUGUGCUUUUCUACAACUACCUUCCAAGUGAACCCUUGAGUAAAGAGCGUGUGGAAGCGUUCAGUGAUGGAGUUUAUGCUAUUGUUGCCACGUUGCUCAUCUUAGACAUUUGUGAAGACAACGUGCCUGAUCCGUUUGUUGUGAAGAAGGAGUUUAACGGCAGUCUGCUCAGUGCACUUCUGAAUUACGGUCCGGAGUACCUGGCCUACUUUGGUUCCUUUGCCACUGUCGGGCUUCUUUGGUUUACUCACCACUCUCUGUUCCUGCAUGUAACGAAGGCCACGCGCCUCAUGGGUCUUUUCAACACAUUCUCCCUGGCCUUUGUGGGCGGCCUGCCGCUCUCGUACCAACUCACCAAUGAGUUUCCAAGAGGUUCCCGCAACGAGCUGGAGGCGGUGCAGAUCAGCUGCGUCAUCAUCUUCUUUGCUGGCCUUUUCCAGCUGGCCAUGUGGAUAGUGGCGCUCUUCAACGAGCGUGAGACUUUACACCCGUACGUGCGGUACGGCGGGCGAGAGCAUGCUUUCAUGCUGGCCAAGCUCUCUCUCUACCCCUGUGUGGCACUCGGGACGUUUUUCUUCACUUGCGUUCUUAGUCGAUUCAGCGCCCCGAUCUUUCACAUGAUGGAGAUAGGCGUGCCGUUCGCCUUUCUGUUACUGAGGCUGCUGGUGCGUGCGGCUCUGGCGCUGCUGAGGUGGCUCUUUUGUCCUGCAAGACCAGAUGUGGACAGAAUUCCAGUAGAGGGAGAUGAUCUACAGCUUCCAAUUAAUGACAUAGGAACCUAGCAGAG